AUGAAAAGAUGCCUUCAUUGUGGUUCUCCCGCUGAUUACUGCGAUUGUGAAGUUGUUACCACUUCUCUCCAUCCCGAACUAGGCCGUGGUGUUUUUCCAACUAAUAUAACACCGCAAAUAACAUUCCCCCAAAACAAUUUACCGCCAACAAUACAACAAAAUACUCCUCAAAAUACUCCUCAAAAUACUCCUCCAACACAGCCGCAGUGA